AUGAACAGAUUUAUAACACGAAAUUGCUUCGUAAAUUCCAACCAGGCGGAUGAUUUCACAAGACAACCAGUGCAGGAUGUGAGACAGGCAGUCCUCUCAUCGGCCUCGCUCAGACCAAGAAUUCAAGAAGCUUUAGAAAGAAUCAAUUUUAGAUUUCAUCGAACUUGCAGCUUUUCCAAUAUAAUUAGAGAUUGUUACGUGAAUGAGGCUGAAACCCUGCUGAUGUACCGGGGCUGCGACGAGUCCGAGAGUCGGGCCACCAUGAGCGUCACAGCCUCGACCUGUUCUUCCACGCAGCAAGUACCAGCGCAUCAACGCGACAGAGAACUCCGGUCGUCGUCACAGCAGACGGACAUCAGUUGCAGAAUUAUCUCUGGGAUCGCUUCUCCAGCAAAUGAAGUGGAAGAACAGCGUUUGCUACGAGCUCGUAUUGCCGAUUCCCUGACAGUUUCAUCCCCUGCAUCUUCUCUGGUACAUCCUGCUGGCAGAUCCAUAUCUUUAAUAGGAUCUGUCUGUGCGUUAUUAUUGAAUAAACAAGGCACCGUAACUCCUAAAGAUGUUCCAAGCUUCACGGGAAGCCUGCGGUCGGACAUAUGUCGCAUUUGUUUUGGUGGAGAGAGCGCCGAGAGACUGGUCCGGCCGUGCGGCUGCCGGGGAACCAUCGCCGCUGUCCAUCGGACCUGCCUCGAGCGCUGGCUCCUGCAGGCCGCUACAUCGUACUGCGAGCUGUGCAGGCAUCAUUACAUUGUUACGAGGAGUCAUAAAUGGUCCUGGAUCCGUUCCAUGGCGGAAUGGGCGGUGUCGGGGCAGGGGCGCGCGCUGGCGGCGGACGCGUGGCGCGGGCUGGUGCUGGGCGCGGCGAGCGUGCUGGGCACGGCGCGGGCGCUGCACGCGUGCGACGCCGUGCUGCAGGCGGGCGCCACGCGCGGCGGCGGGGCUGCCCUGGCCGCUAACCUCUUCUCUUCGAUUUUGAUUGGAGUUAUUGGUGCCUUAAACGGGCUUUUAACCACUUGGAUGCUGCUUAAGAUUCAAGAGCACCAGAGCUCGUGGAGGGCGUGGCGCGACAGUACUCUGCACGUGCACGUCACCCUCUCCCCGCACCGCUCCCUCCGUGCCUCCCCCCACCUCACCCCUCAAGCAUCAGACCAGACCGUGGUAGCCGUUGAUAGCUCCACCAGAGAUAGGAGCACAAAUGUAGCUGAUCCAUUUAUGGUCGCUGUUCCGUAUACUUUGCCGGAUUCUUGAAAGUCUUAGACAGGAAAUUGAUUUAUAUAACAGUUAGUGUAUAUUUAUACUAGAUACCAUUAGUAUUAUUUUAUCUGUAUAUUAGAAAUUAACAAUUUCAGGUUUGUCUUUCGAAAAAUAUUUUAAUAAAUUAAAUUGUGGCGAAACUCUU